AUGGCUCCAACUUCGAUCGCGGAUCUCGUGUCCGCCCUCCCGGCGGACGACUCCUGGGGCCCCACCAGCUCCAGCGACAACAUGCUGAACGGUGUGCCCUACGCUCCCUUCUCAAAGGGCGACAAGUUGGGCCGCAUGGCCGACUGGACUGCCGAGUCCAAGGACCGUGAACGUCAAGGCCGUCAGCAGUACAACCGUAACUUCAGAGGUGAGAAUCAACCUACCCCAAAUACUUUGACAGCCUCUCCCUUCGAAAGCUGGAGGGAUGCUCAAUCACAAAGAACCCAUAAUGACUUUUUUGUCGGUACAGACCAGCAGGUCUACGGUGCUGGCUCCGGCAGUCUCUUCACUGUUGCCGCUGCCGAGGACGAGUCCUCCUUCUCCGUUGUCGACAACACCCGUACAUCGACCAAGCGCACCUUCGGUCGUGGCGGUGGUACCGUUUUCCGUGGACGUGGUGGCCAGCGCGGUGGUAUGGCUCAGCGUGGUGGACGUGGUGCGUUCCAGCGCGCCGGUGGUGGCCGUGGCAAUGACCGCUUCUACGACAACCGCGGUGGCGGCCGUGGUCGUGGCCGUCGCUUCGGCUGGAAGGACUAUGACAAGCCCCAGCGCACCCGUGAGCCCUCUGUCAACGUGCGCCCCGAGUGGCAGAUGCUGGAGGAGGUUGAUUUCAGCCGUCUGUCCAAGCUGAACCUCGAGGCUCCUGAGGGCGAAGACCUCGACACCUACGGUUUCCUGUACUACUACGACCGCUCGUAUGACAAGCCUCCCGUCAAGAACGCCGAGCGCCGAAUCCAGGCCCUCGACCGUGCCGCCUAUAACGUGACCACUUCCCAGGACCCUGUCAUCCACCAGCUUGCCGAGAAGAACGCUGCCACCGUUUUCGCUACCUCCGACAUCCUUUCCAUGCUCAUGUGCGCUACCCGCUCCGUCUACUCUUGGGAUAUUGUGAUCGUCCACCAGGGCGACAAGAUCUACCUUGACAAGCGCAACGGUGCCUCUCUUGACCUUGUUACCGUCAACGAGAACGCCUACGAUGCUCCUCUCGAGGUCGCCGAGGCCUCUGGCAAGCAGGAGCAGAUCAACACCCCCUCUGCUCUCGCCAUGGAAGCCACCUUCAUCAACCACAACUUCGCUCUGCAGACCGUGACCGAGUCUCCCCAGGCUAAGGUCGCCUUCGCUCAGCCCAACCCCUUCUACAACGAGGCUGAGGAGACUGAGCCCCUGGCCUCCAAGGGUUACAAGUACCGCCGCUUCGACAUUGGUCUGGAGCGUGACGACGAGCCCCUCCAGAUGGUUGUUCGGACUGAGGUCGACGCUGUCAUGAAGAACCCCACCGGUGGCCUCGACCAGCAGCUGAUUGUCAAGGCUCUGAACGAGUUCGACAGCAAGGCUCCCGGCUCCGGCAACGCCCUGGACUGGCGCUCCAAGCUCGCCUCCCAGCGUGGUGCCGUUCUGGCUACUGAGAUGAAGAACAACUCCUGCAAGCUUGCUCGCUGGACUACCCAGGCUAUUCUGGCCAAGGCUGACGGCAUGAAGCUCGGUUUCGUGUCUCGCGCCAACCCCCGCUCUGCCGCUGGUCACGUCGUUCUCGGCGUUGUUGGCUACAAGCCUAAGGAGUUCGCUACUCAGAUGAACUUAAAUCUCAGUAACGGCUGGGGUAUUGUCCGUACUAUCGUUGACCGCAUCCGUGCUCUUGAUGCCGAUGAGCCCGCCGAUGCUGUGAAGAAGUACGUCCUGAUCAAGGACCCCAACAAGUCUGUUCUGCGCCUGUACAGCGUUCCUGCCACUACUUUCGAUGAGGAUGAGGAGGCUGAGCUCGAGCAGGAGGAGGACAAGGGUGAUGAGUCUGACGAGUAG